UAACAUUAAUGUCACUUUGAGUAACGCAACGUCCCACCCAAAACUUGAUCGUAUUUUGUAUUUUUCUUUUGUAUUUAUUGUUAAUCUCCUGAGUAUCACGUAGAUUUAGAAAGAGUUUGUGUAUUGCGACGAUGUACUAAUUUUGUUUCCUACUGACAAAGGCAAAAGAAGAAACCACAAAAUGGCUGAAUUAGCAGCAUUACUGCAAACCGAGAUUCCCGAGGGGCGCAGCCAUCUAACAGAUAGCCACACAAAUCUCGAACGUGUGGCUGAUUACUGCGAAGCUAAUUAUUUUCAGUCAGAAAAUAAAAGGUUGGCUCUAGAGAGCACCAAAAACUACACAACACAAUCGCUAGCUAGUGUUGCAUAUCAAAUCAAUACACUGGCUUACAACUUCUUGCAACUGCUCGAACUUCAAACAAUGCAGUUAGCUGAGAUGGAAGGACAAAUGAAUCACAUUGCCCAAACUGUGGCCAUUCACAAGGAGAAAGUAGCCAGGCGAGAAAUUGGAGUGUUGACUGCAAAUAAGGUGACAAACAGGCAGUACAAAAUCAUUGCUCCUGCAAACCCAGAGAAACCCAUCAAAUAUGUGAGGAAGAGUAUUGAUUAUACAGCUCUGGAUGACAUUGGUCAUGGUGCUCGUUGGAAUGGAGCUACAAGUGGCACUCCUAGGGGUCGGCGAUCAGGCUCUACUCCUAGUGCAGCAACACUACCUGCACCCACCACCAAGCCACCAACACCGCCAGCUGCUGUCAGAGCGGCUGCUGCUGCAAAUACUGGGACACUGGGUCGUGGUACACUGGGUAAAUCUUCACGCGAGUACCGCACGCCGCCAGCUGUGGCUCCGCCGCAAGUGCCCUCGCACUAUGCACCAAACUACCCACGUCGUCCACCAGGCUACUCGACUUUGCCUGUAGCACAGCCCCAGGUUGGAAUGGUACAUCCAAACCAGCAUCAAGCUACUUCCAACUAUUCUCAACAAGAUUUGCAUUCCAGUAUGCCACCACCACCCUCUCCUCUGAUUGGUUCUGAUGGUGAACACAGCCAACAUUCCAUGAGUCUGCCAGGACAGCGUGCGUCGUCGUCUUCAGCGGGAGGAGGUUCCAUUAGGGGUGGAUCAGUGUCUCCUCCUCUGCCACCUCCACCGAUGGAUGAUGAGUUAGCGCAUGAUGGCUUUGGCAGACCUCACCAUAUGAAUAACAAGAUGGGUGCUCCCUACUCAAAUGCUGUACCUGCUAUAGUACCUGAUGAGGAAGACCUGCCUGGAUGGGUGCCCAAGAAUUACAUUGAGAAAGUUGUCGCCAUUUACGAUUACUAUGCUGACAAAGAAGACGAAUUAUCAUUCCAAGAGAGUGCAGUAAUUUAUGUGUUGAAGAAGAAUGACGAUGGUUGGUGGGAAGGCGUUAUGGACGGCGUCACGGGACUGUUUCCAGGAAACUAUGUAGAACCCUGUGUGUAAUGUUACUCAUUUUACAUACAUACUUCACCUAUUGAGGCCUCUGAAACAAACUAGGCUAGGCUAUGAUCACACAUACAAGUUAGUGUAACAUCAAUAGGAAAUAACCCAUCAUUUUUAGCAAUUUCUUGUAAAUUGAUAUACAAUAUUCUUUGUAACUAUGUAUUCCUGUAGAUAUCUACAAUCAUGUCAAUAAACUAGGUUAUAGAUUUUACUUCCAAAUAAAUUUCCAUACUAUUGAAGAUUAGUAUUCAACUAUUAUUAAGUUCAAAUAUAUUAUUUAAAUUGAUAUUUUUAACGUAUUCAUUAGGAAAUAUAGAUUACGAUAAACAUAAUCAUGUUAUUUUAAUUUAAGUUAUCCUUGUCAUUAAAGGAACAUUAAAUUAAUUCAUAUAUCUGUAGUUUGAAUUUUAUUUCAUUUCUAAUCUGUAUAAUUAUAUAUAAUUCUGCUGUACGUGUGGUCAUUGAACUCGUCCUAAACAACUUGACCGAUUUAAAUGACGUUUUCUGUAUGCCCUUGGAUGGCGCCCUGGAUGGUUUUAUUAAUAAAUCAGCCCGGCAAUGAUUGCUUGAAAAAGCACGUGAUCUCGUAAACGGCUCUAACGAUUUGUAAUUUGAUGUGUGGGUUUUCGAGGAGGGCCCGCUACUAUAAUAUAAAAUGCAAGGAAAAUAAGAAUAAAAUUUUGACAUUUGUGAAUUUUUAUUGAUGCAUUUAAAUGCACAGAUACUUACAUCUAAUUCAAUAAAAAGAUUGUUUUCUCGAAUACACGGCCACAAUAUGAAAUGUCACACACAUACAAAAUAAUUUGUAAAAUCACUCCAUAUGGACAACAUAAGUACUUGGUUAUUGGACAAAACUAUUCAAUAAAAGAUGUGGUAUAAAUUACUGCACACAAAAUUAUUAUUGGAUACAUCAACGUUUUUGGCAUAACGAAAAAUACGUUCUCAUGAAAAUUAUUUCAAAAUAAAUGUACUACAGAAAUCAUUGCCACAAAAAUGUUAAUCUGUAUACAUUUUGACUAGUUUAAUCAAUGUAAAACGUUUACGGUUUUGAACCUGCGAUUGGUCAUACACAACUUAUUAAGUUUUAGGCCCCAAAAUUUUCUAUGACACUAGCUGUAUAUAUCUGGAUUAAUCAUUUAGUAGCUCGAACAGAUAUAGCAGCAGUAUAUAAAAACUGGACGAACUUUUAAGUAAUCGCUUUGACCCUUCAUGUAUAUAAUUGUAAAUGCAGCUCAAAAAAUAUGUUCAUUAUUGCCAUCAUGUGCCUAAUUUGUUAACAUUACAAUUGGAAGAAGAUUGCAAAAAACUAUAGCUAGACAUUGUAAUUAAUUAAUUUGUUGUUUGAACAAGUAUUUGUAGAUUGAAACAUACCAAUUUUUCCUGUUUAUUGCUUAUAGUCAAUUCUGUCUAAUUCUAAAUAUGAGACAUAAUAGCUAAUACCUACUAGUUUUUAACUCUAUCAAAUCAAAUAUUAAAUAAAAAUGUUAAAAAACCGUCAAAACUAGGUUUAACAUUUAUUUGAGACUUCUAUUCCUUAUCAUCUAGUUCCAUAUUUUCUGCUGUUGAAUUCUCACUGUCUUGUAUUUUAGUGCUGCUUGUAGGUUUUUUAUCCUCUUCGGUUUUGUCCUCAGUUUUUGAUGCAGGUUCACUACUAGCUGAAGCAUUAUCUUUCUUUUCCUGUUUUUCAAUAACAUUUUCUUUUUUAGAGUCCUUUGAAUUUCUGCAAAAAAAUAUAACAAAUAAAAAAGACAUCUCUCAAAAGAUUCCAACUAUGAUUUCAAUAUAUUCAACUUACUGUGAAGGUCCAUUGACAAUUUCUACGACAUCAUCAUCUUCAUAUUUUAUAUUGACUACAGCUUCAACUUUAGUUUGAAUACUCUUCAAAGCUGAAUGGAAUAUUUUGGAACUCGC